CCUGCACAUAAGUGCAGGACUAAUCCAAAUAAUGUUAUUAUUUUCAGACAAAGAGGUUAGAAAUGACAAAAAAGACCAGUCCAAACAAACUAACGCUUCCGUUUCAAAAAAGCUGGAUAUUCUUGGAGAGAAUCCUUCUUCUAAUGAACAAAAAGAAAUUAAAUUACAUCCGGACCUCGUGGCUAGAUGGAAACAUUGGAUGUCUUCUGGAAUAACCGAAUCAGUUAAAGACGAUUUAUUAAAAAAUUAUCCUAGAAAAGGAGACUGCUUAUUAGAGCCUCCUCAAUUAAAUCCCGAAAUAAAAACUCCAAUGACUGAUGUUGCAAAAAAGAGGGAUGAUCAUUUCCAAGACUUGCAACGCUUGGUCGGUUCUGCUUUGUCCUCAGUUGGACUUGCGAUUUCAGAUUUGCUCGGAGAAGAGGAAUUCGAUCCUUUUAAACAGUUACAACUACUUUCUGAUGCGGGAAAACUUCUCACAGAGAUGUUUCAUUCAAUUUCAGUGGCCAGGCGUGCCUUUAUUACUCCUGGAUACACAAAAGUAGUACGAGAUAUAUUGGAGAGUGCAACAGAUAAUCCAGCCUUUCUUUUCGGCGAUAAAUUAAACGAAAAAGUAACGGAAGCGAAAACUUUCGAAAAACUGGGCAGAGAUAUGAAAGGCAUACAAGGAAAUAAAAAUAAUUCUUCGAGGCAGCCUUUAAACUCCAGGAGCUCAUCCCUGAGGAAACCCGAGACUUCGCGGAUGAGCAGGGGAUACUUAUCUCGAAUGAACCAUCCGGACUACAAGAGAUCCAAGUCAACAGCGGCACCAACAUCGCGACGUCAUCAAGCCACUUCGAAUUACCCGAAGUUCCUGAAACCUGCAACGCGUCAGAAACAAUAGAGAACUCGAGCGCAUCCACUAGCCAAAACGCUUUCCCUGGCUGCAGGGCUCUUGUCAGGGAAAGUUACGCAAGAAGACAGCUUCCGGAAAACACUAUAGACGUUCUAUUAGCAUC